ACUUUUGAAUUUGUUUGAUAUGUUUUAACACACAAUAUGGAUAAGAAGUUCUGGAGGGACAAGCCAAGACCUAGGAAGGUUAUAGAUAAAGUUGCGAUCAGCAAGAGGAAAGAAAGAGGAUGGAUAAAGAACAUCCCACUCGUACCCUUGGUGAUCGUUCGUAGGGACGAGUGGGGUGCGAAGGAUCCCAAGGUAGGUACGGGGGAAGAUGUGACCUCCAUCCGGCAUCCAGUUAAGACGAUAAUCAUCAGCUACACCCGUCAUGAGAUGUGCGAUGAGCAACAUGAGUGUCUGAGGACCGUCAGACAGAUGCAACUGGACGACAUGGCGUCGGGCCUUCCAGACAUACGAUACAGUUUCGUUGUAGGUGGAGACGGAAGAGUGUAUGAAGGAAGAGGCUAUCACUACAAUCCCGCUAAAAGUGAAUGUCUUCCAGAAUUUUUCACCAAGGCUUUGGAAAUCGCCCAUGUCGGAAUGCAUGGAAAGCAUCUUCCACAGUACAUGGCAAAAUUGGCCUACGACACAGUAAAAAGAGGAGUGGAAAACGGAUACGUUGAUGAGAAGUGGGAGAUGGAACUAGACUUGUAUGAUGCCGCUGCUGAAGGAUAUAUGGAUUGAGCUGCAAUUAAAAAGUGCAUAAAAAAAAUAUCAAUAUGUUUAUCUU